AUGUCGUCACUGGGGACAUCAAAGGGGAUUUUGGAGAUUGCUAAAUUCGGUGUUUAUGUGACCGUUCCCAUUGUUCUUAUGUACGCUUUCGCUAACAAUACCAAGAAUCUCCAGAAAUUCAUGGGAAAUCGUUCAUACAUAGUGUACCCAUCAAAGAUAGUAAGACCUCCUUCACCAGAGGAAAUGAGGGAAAGGGCUCGCGAAUUGGCUCGCAGGAAGGAUACUCAUUGA